AUGAUGCUAUCAAGUUCUUUGCCCCCAAUCAUCGGACCGCUUCUCUUCACUGCAUCACUUUUUUAUACCUCUACCAACGCUGUUUCCCUAACGGUUGAUACUACCGUAGGGACUGUCUACGGCUUGAUCAACGGAUCCAAUCCCAACGUUGCCCAAUUCCUUGGAAUCCCGUACGCGGAGCCUCCGGUGGGACAACUUCGAUGGGCGCCCCCAGUGCCAAAGUCCCCAGUCGGCGUCAUUGAUGCCACAUAUUUUGGCCCUUCUUGUCCCCAGGUAAUCGCUACAGCGCAGUCAGAUCCCAAUGUGUAUACUGUGGAUUCGCGUGACUUUCUCAUUUAUGGUCCAACCUCAGAGGAUUGUCUCCGCUUGAGCGUUUGGAAGCCGGCUACGACUCCGAGUAACGCAGAUUUACCGGUUAUAAUGUUUUUCUAUGGGGGAGGACUGUCAACUGGUGGGAUGGCUAUCAACUAUCAGAUUCCAACGCGAUGGGUUGAGAGGAGUCAAAGUCAUAUUGCAGUUGUUUUCAAGUUUUUAUCGAGUCAACGUCUUUGGCUUUCCCAAUGCGCUGGCCUGAAUCAAACUGAGCAAAACCUUGGACUUCUAGAUCAGCGCCUUGCCGUAGAAUGGGUCCAGGCAAACAUCGCCAGCUUUGGUGGUGACCCUUCUCGAAUUACAAUUUGGGGUCAGUCAGCAGGUGCCGAGUCUGUUAAUUACUACCAGUUUGCUCAUCCCGAUGAUCCUAUCGUCGCUGGCGUGAUCUGUGACUCGGGGACUGCGUUACCAAUUUCGUUUGCUGUAUCACCUUCCACGUCUGGCCUUUAUACAGAUUUCACUCUGCUAGCUGGACAUCUCGGCUGUGGUAAUCUGUCAGCUACGGCGGAGUUGGCUUGCAUGCGUAACGUCAGUGCAGAUACUAUCGAGGGCUUCCUUACGAGUUAUACAGGCACACCAACUCUCUCGUUUGGAGCAAUCGCUGAUAAUAAAACUGUUUUUGCAAAUUACACUCAACUGUUCAAUGAGGGGAUGACUGCCAAAAUGCCUACUAUUUUUGGAUCUAACAAUAACGAAGGUGGAUCUCUGGGGGUCUGGUUUGAAAAUGGCACAGCAGAAAACUACACAAAUGCGAAUACAAUCACGCUGUCCAUUCUCUGCGCAGCAGAACAAUCAGCCAUACUGCGGUAUCCACACAAUGCCACAACAUAUCGAUACUACUAUGCUGGCAACUUCACCAACAUCUCGCCACAAUCCUGGGAAGACGCAUACCACAGUUCCGAGCUCCCGUUGGUAAUGGGAACAUAUGGCAUCACCCAUGGUCCAUCGUCGGCAUUUGAAGAAGCUGUGUCGGUAGUGAUGCAGGACUUGUGGUUGGCGUUCAUGACGGACCCUGAAAAUGGACCGCCCGCGCAAGGUUGGCCUGUAUGGAGCCCCGACGGCUCGGUCAUAGAGUUUGGAAGGGAAGAUUUGGUGACACAACUCCUCCCUAACAGCAUGUUUCCUAGUCUUUGUACGAGUGAAGGAACGGCUAUGGCAGGUGGUGUACCUCCCUUGUAA